CACACAGAGCAUUUCUACUUUCCAGCACCACAUUCUGGGCUGCAUACCAUCAAUACCUCUGUAGCAUGAAUGGUGACAGCAGUCAGCAGGUACAGGUGUCAUGCUCGUUCACACUUCCAGUGUUUUCAUGGCUCGUUCUGCGCCUCUGCGGCACGUUUGUCCUUCGUGAUCAUAGUAUUUUGUGGACUCUUCACGAAUAUAACGUGUGGGACAUUGUUGCAAGUCUACAAGUGUGUGGGUUUGUGAUUCUCCCGCUGUGGGGUCUUAUCACUGUGGAGGUUGGAAAGUGACUUUACGCACAAGCUCUCCAUCCAAAGUCACCACCGAUCGGAAGACUUGGAAGUAAUUACUGCGCGCUGGGAUGGCAGAGGAAACCCCCAACGAUUCCUUCCCAGAUCUAAAAGAAGUGGAAAAUAAGGUUGGCAGGAAAACACCGGAAAGUCUUCUGAUCUGGAUGAGGGAUGCUGCGGACUGCGAAGACGGUUGGAGGUCUGAUGUGGUGGACAGGGGAGACCGCAGCUCUGCCCUCAGCGAUAGCUUUUCUGACAAAAUAAGCCACUUGAAACAAGACAUGAGGUGGCUGCGUUCUGCCGAUGUGAAGAUUCUGCGCCAGCUGGUGGCCGUGCACGAGGGUAUCGAGGCCAUGCGUUGGCUAAUGGAGGAGCGGGUCGCCUUCGCCAGCCAUGGCAGCAGCUUGACAGGAAGCCUGAGCAGCCUGGUGACUGUGGAGGAGCACGAGCCCUCGAUGUCCCCCUACAGAGAAAGUCCAACUCAGGAUUUGACUGAUACCUCUGGUGAGGAAUCAGCAGAUCACCCACCACACCCUGAUGAUGGUGAUUCAAACCAACAGAGCUACUUUGACAGGCAGAUCCCCAAGUCUACUGAAGCAAGAUAUCCCAGUCCUUCAACCUCCAAGUUUGAAGUCAGUCGUUCCACACCUGGCAGGCACAAUCGAGCAUCAUCUAGUUCUGCCAACAGUAUGGUUAGUGCCAAAUUACAAAGGUCACAACCACAAGACAUCAAAACCGGUGCGGACGCCAUCAGAAGAGCUCUCCUCAGAUCUAACAGGGCAAAGAGAGAAGUGAAAGCAGAUAAUGGUAUCUUUUCCCUCACUAAACAGUCCGGAGAGACACCGACAGAGCACCAAACUCAGGAGACUUUCAGAGCCUCUCAGAACAGUACGAUUGAAGAGGAAGAGAGUGCGCCCAAUAGAGAGACGGCGUUGUUGGGCUAUGAUGCUCAGUGGUGCUGGGUGGAGUCACAGGACGAUGUGACAUUUCUGUGAUCUCCUAUAAGCAUCAUUUAAAUGUUUGAUCUCUGAUCUGAAGCGAUUCCCUUCAACUGCCAGUAAUACAGUGGGAUUUAAAAAUGCACAAAUGAAUAAUGCUGAAAGAUGAACGUGUCACUGUCUCUUUUUCACUACUCCUCUGCUUUUGAUUCAGAUGUACACUGUUUGAUGUGUGUAUUUUAGUAGUUCCAUAGAAAAACAAAUGUUUAAAUAAAAAGUAAGGAAACCACACAAGUUUCAAAGCUCUUUUAGAAGAUAUGAUAAGAAAUGGUAUGUCCUUGUCAAAUAAAUGUUUUACACACUGAAUUGCAGAGAUAUUGAUCAUGAAAUGUUCUGACUUUUUCAUUAGCUUGCACUGAAUUGCAUUUGAUUGUCUAAUCUUUUUCACAAAACAAGAAUGGCUGUCAAUACUUUCUUGUGCUUAUUUCUCACAUAUUGUUCACUCUCUUUGAAAUCUUUCAUAAUUAUAGAUACAGGGCAACAAUAAAUAUGUGAGGAUUUUAAAGAUGAUGCCAUUGUUCUGCUUACAAUGUUAUGCCAU